AUGCAACGAGAGCGCAUCAAACGUUCGAUCAUCCAAUCACAGAGCCUGUCUGUAGAAGCGGUUGUAGGAGUAAUCGCAGUGGUGGUGGCCAUAUUCGGGAUAGCGCUUCCGUUCAUCUGGCCCCACUUGAAAUCGAGGCUAGAUUCCCGCCGCCAUUCUCGCUCCCGAUCCCGCUCCACAGUGACAAGCCCAGCGAACUCCAACGUCCCACUCGUCGAUCACCCAUGGCAACACGCAAUGCCGCAUUCCUCGAUCGAAUCCCAUGCGGCCGCCGGCCUAGGCGAGACUGAAAUAAGCCGACCGCAACGCGCGCAAUCCGAUAAUCGCGAACAACAGCGCGGGCUGAUAAGGCGUACACUUACGUUCUGA